AUGCUCGGCAGCAACUCUCGCACCCAUCGAUCAGUUUCUUCUGUCCAGCUUCCCGCAGAGUUUUCUGCGAGCUCUUCGAAUGCUCCGUAUUUCGACUACUGCAAAGAUGAUUUUAUUUUAGACUUGAGAUCUUUCAAUGCAGAUAAUCCAAAUGGCGAUGAAAAAGCAAAAUUUCAGCUUAAAAAGUUGCUUCAUGACCGAUGGGAAGCAGCUAAACAAUACAAUGCAUUCAAUUAUUCUUUAAAUUGCAUGUACAGGUGCAUGGAAGGACAAUAUGAACUAUCCCUUCAGCUGAACACAGAACGUGGAGAACUGCGCAGGAAGCCAAUGCACUUCAAGAGUAUUAAAGAACCUUUCAACUCUCAUCGCUUUAAUUUUACGAAAUUGCACGAUAACGAGAUUUUAUUCUAUUUGAGAAAUAUUGACGAACCAAUAAGUACGGAUCCUCUGGAUCGUCAUCUUGUGGCUGUAAACGCUUCACCACUCGAACGAGACCAUUCUCUUAUUAUCCCAUCUGUCAACAAAUGCCUACCUCAAGUUUUAACAUAUCAAGCCGUCAGAAUUGCCGUGGAUAUGAUGCUCUUAAUAAACGAUGAUACAUUCCAUAUUCUAUUUAAUAGCCUUCUUGGACAGGCCUCUGUGAAUCAUUUGCAUCUUCAUGGUUUAUAUUGGCCGUAUGAUUCCGACCUUAUCAAUCGGAAAUGCGAGCCACUUCUUGAUGUGUCCGACGCUCAUAUCAUUCAGCCACCGAAUUGGAUCUGCUCAGCUUUUGUUUUCCAAUUAAAUUCACUCAAUGACUAUAAGCAAUUUAAGCGAAACGUUUUUAAUUGCGUGAAUUUCUUAACGGAAGCCAAUCAAGCUCAUAAUGUAUUUUUCUCAAGAGGCCAACCAAUAAGAACGAAGGGCUUAGAUCGAGAAGAAGACCGAAGAGGCGAGAAGCCCCAAUACGUCACCGCUUACAUAUUUCCGCGGCGAAAUUUGAUUGGGGCGAAACCGCCAUCGAAUUUCAACCCCGCAGCGAAUGAAUUGGCCGGAAAUUUAACCGCUUACAAUCUAAAGUUUUUCGAAUCUGCAACUGAACAAACUGUAAUUCGAAUAAUCGAAGAGGACGCAUGCCUUGACGCCAAUGUCUUCCAAAAACUUUGCUCCGAUCUCGCAGAUGUUUUGAAGAAUCGCCCUUUCGGUUCGUCUAGGUCAGAAGAAUUGUCGAACUUUGAGGACCUCACAUCUCCCGAAAUUGAUGAGCUCCGCGACGAAUUCCAAUCAUUCAUGCCCCGUUCGCCGUCAAUCCGUCAUCGUGGAAAUUCGAAAGAUAAUAUAUGA